CGAGGAGGGGGUCUCUACCUUUCUCCUCUCUCUCUCUCUCCUCUCGAUCUCCGCUGUCGCGGGAAGCGAGCCCCGGCCUUUGCAGGAACCCUAGCUCCACCGCCGCCACCGGCCAUGAAGACGCAAGCUUCCUUCGGGCUCGUCUUCCUGCUUAUGACCCUCGUCAUCUUCGUCGCCAUGACCAUGAAAAUCCAGUACGAGAACCUCACGAUGGACAUGGGGCAGCAGUCGUUCGAGUCGACCAAGAGGCAGUGGAGGAACAGGAUCGACGCGUUGCCUCGCGGCGUAGUGGAAUCGACCACCGACAUGGCAUUGAAGCCCCUUUGGGAGAGGUCAAGCCGAAAGGAUGGUAGUGGGAACUAUGCUGCACUCUUGGCAAUGGCUGUUGGCAUUUCACAAAAGCAGAAUGUGGAUAUUUUAGUACGUAAGUUUCUUAUAGAUAACUGUUCCAUUAUACUUUUCCAUUAUGAUGGUAAUGUGGAUGGAUGGCAUGAUCUAGAGUGGAGCGGCAAGGCAAUACACAUACUUGCUUAUAACCAAACAAAGUGGUGGUUCGCAAAGCGCUUUUUACAUCCAAGUGCUGUAUCUGCCUACGAUUAUAUCUUUUUAUGGGAUGAAGAUUUAGGUGUAGAAAAUUUUCAUCUCGGAAGGUAUUUACAGAUAAUGGCCUCAGAAGGGUUGGAAAUAUCACAGCCUGCUUUGGAUCCUGAUCAAUCUUCCGACAUACACCACCGUAUUACAGUCCGAGAUAGAAAGGCGAAGGUCCACAGGCGAGUAUAUGAUUUUCGUGGAAGUUUGAAUUGCUCCGAUGAAAGCACAGGACCUCCUUGCACCGGAUGGGUUGAAGGGAUGGCACCUGUGUUCUCUCGAGCAGCAUGGAAAUGUGUGUGGCAUCUCAUCCAGAAUGACCUGAUUCAUGGAUGGGGGCUGGACAUGAAGCUUGGAUAUUGCGCUCAGGGUGAUCGAACUAAGAAGGUUGGAGUGAUCGACGUCGAAUACAUUGUUCACCAGGGAAUACCUUCCUUGGGAGGAGGAUCUGUUAAUAAGGCACCAAGCAAAUCCCUGGAUUUAAGAGCCCAUAUCAGAAGGCAGUCCACUGCUGAGCUGGAAAAAUUUAAGGAACGCUGGGAUCAAGCUGCCAGGAAGGACAAGGAAUGGUUUGAUCCUUUUGAAGGCUAUGCCAGGAUAAAAGGCUGAUAUGAAGAAACUUUGUCACCUAAAUUAUUCAUAUCUCGAAGGGAAAGCAUUCCCAUUUUUUUUUUGUUCCAUUGACAACCUACUGUGUGGUGGUUUGCUGGAGAUUCUCACAAAAGAUAUCCUGCUGUAUGUUUCGGUGAUCUUGGUUGUACAUUCCACAUUGGAUUGCUGAUUCUAUGAAGUGUUAAUAUGAAAGCCAAAGCCCAAGAAAGCAAGAAUACUCACAGAUGUAAUUCUUUAUUACUUCUCUCCCACUAAAGCAUCUGUUUUAUCUGGUUGUAUAGUAAUACUGCUAAUGUUCUGUUGUUGAUAUUUUGACUGGCAUUUCAAGGAAGAGGGCAAACAAAUCAUUAAAUUUUCAUCAUCUUGCCCCUGGAUGAUUCACAUCAUUUCAUAUCCUAAAAGUUACGUAUGUCAAGGAAAUAUCAUUUUAGGGCUUUUGUAUUGUUU